GAAAAAGAUCCUACAUCCAUUCCUUGUUUUUAAUCUUUCGAUGCGUCUCGUCUAAUCUGCCAUUUCAAGUUUAUUAUUAUUAUUAUUUAUGGAGAAAAAAACAAAACAUCAACAACAGCGUUUGUAGACGUAGUGGCUUAGGGGUGGGAGGGGCGACAGCAGCCGGACCGCAGUGUCUGCUGGUCGCAGGAGCAUCGCGCCGAGCACACCUCCGCACGCGGGCUCCUGUCUGCGCGCGCGGCUGCGCCUCAGCCCCGCUGGCCGCCUGGCUUCUGCUGAUGGAAACAGACAUCUCUCAGAAUGUGCGCGAACGUGUUCGGAGUCCUGAAGAGCUUGUUUGGGAAGCCCUUUGAUGGAGGGAAAAGGAUGGACCAUGGUGGCCCACAGGAGCACCAGCAGCAACAGCAGCCGUACCAUCCUCAGCACCCUGCCAUGAUGAGGUUGUACGAGGUCCAGAAAGAGGUGUCGUCUCUGGGGCCUCAGGUCUGCACCUUCAGUGGCCUCCAGAACGACCGGGAAUACAAGCGUUUGGAGCGUGAGCUGACUCGUCUCCUGCUGGAGGUGGACCAGGUUGACACCGAGGGGAAGCCCGAUCUGCAGGGGACAAGAAAGAGAGCUGCGCAGGAGGUGGAGGGGCUCCUGCGCUACCUGGAAGAGAACGCCACCCAUCCAUCUCGUCUGGCCAUCGAGGAGCUAAGCAACUCGGCACGGCGGCUGGUUGAAGAGCGCGUGGUGACGCCACAGCGAGCCGGCGGCGUCUCCGAGAUCACCGAUGAGCUGGUCGACACUCUUCAAGAGCUGGUGCUGAGGCUCACCCAAGUCAAGACGGAGGGUCGAGUGCCACUUCGCAAAGCUCGCUACAGGGCGCUCACGCGCUUGUGCGCCGUUCAGGAUGUGCUGGAAGGCCGCACGCAGCAUCAGACCCUCCCCUUACCGCUGUCGGGGGAAACCCACGAGGCCGUGCACUGCAUCAACCAGGUGAUGGUGAAGGUGAGCGUGGCUCGCAGUCAGCUCGUGGCUCUGCUGAUGGGCCUGAGUGGGCGGGACAGCUGUGCCCACCUAUCACGCAUCUUGACAGAGCUGCAGGUGGAGCUGGACGCUCUGGAUGUCUCCGGGAACGCCGCCAUUAGAAAUUACAGGAAGCAGGUUGUGGAGGAAAUUAACGGACUUCUGAAACAUCUGGACCUGGAGGGAGAAGGAGAAGACACGCGCAGGUAUGAUUUGGCGCAGAACAACUCCAUCCGUGAGAUCGAGGCCGUGCGGGCUCACGUCUCCCACUUGCGAGAGGGGGUCCUGCGACACUGUGCUGUGGGUGACCUUGGCUUCAGACCCAAAGCUGAACUGCAGAGCCUGCUCACACACCUAGACCAAGUGGACACGGCCAAGAACCCCUGCAUCAGAGAGGCCCGGCGCCGCGCUGUGGUGGAGGUCCAGGCUAUCAUCACUUUCCUGGACCUGCGCGAGGCUUUAGCUCGCCGCCAGAUGGGCCCUGACGAGCACCCGUCGCAUCGCGCCGUGUGGCUGGUCUUGGGGAGCCUGUCUGACCUCCAGGCGCAGGUGCUGGGCUUUGACGGCAAGAGGGCCGACAAGAGCUACAUGAUCCUGGAGGAGCUGCUGACCAAGCAGCUGCUGGCGCUGGACGCUGUGGAUGCACAGGGAGACGAGAUGACCAAAGCAGCACGGAAACAGGCGGUCAAGUUUGCCCAGAACAUUCUCAACUACCUGGACAUGAAGACGGACGAGUGGGAGUAUUGAUCCAGUCGUUGGGAGGAAAAGGAGCUGUUUGUAAAUAAAAACUGUUCUCCUAUCAGC